AAAAAUUGGUUCGUCUUUGGGUGCAUCGCGCAGUGAUUUUACUUUUGUUCCGAAGAAAACGGAAAUCUUUUUCCACCGGAAACAAUCCGUACUCGUGCCGCGAUGGCUUUGUCCAAUGUGCUCAUCCUGAGCCAGGUGGCCGGUCAUGUCAUCGGUCUGAUCCUGUCGCUGUGCAUGUUCAUUCCGCUGUCGGUUCACGUCCACUCGUUCAAUGGUCACUGUUUGCUGUUCGCCACCGGGACCUGGCAGGAAAAGGAUGGCCUGUUUGACGUGAGGUGGCCAUCGGAGGCCUACUGCAACUAUCCGAUCCUGGUGGGUGUGGCGUUGUUUGUGAUUGCCGGGUUGCAGAUCUAUCGAUUGGCCAUUCUGGUGUACCGGGAGCUGGAAAGUUCCUUCCUGGCACUGUUCUUCGAUGUGGUCUUCAGCGUUAGCUUAUGCGCGAUGACGGUCGUGGCGGCGAUUAUCAUCACGCUCGGGUUUAUGACCUGGUGCGGCGAUAUGACCGAACGUUUUCCAUCAUGCGAGAUAGCCGACGGGCAGAACAUCACCAACGUAGAGCUGAACAUUUCCACCUCGGGCUUCUACAUCGAGAUGGGGACGGCCCAGUUCGGAGCGUGGGCCUCGUUUGCCACCUGGGUCGGUUUGUCGGUGUUUGCCCUGCUGAAACUCAUCAACAACCACCAGCUGCGGAACAUGAAGGUGUCGAUGUACAUCGAACGCCAGCGGCUAGUCAACGAGGAUGUGUACCGGGGAACGACCUCGGAAUUGCCAGGCGGUCCAGGUGGUGCCGGCAUUGUAGCAGGUUCUCCCGGUGAGAACCAGCUCGAUUGAAGCAACACUCAACUGUGUUUAGGUAGAUGGGCUCGAGCAACGUAAUCGAAUCAAUUAAAACUGACUUUAUCCCA